CAGCUCUACCGUUCGUUUUUUCCAUCAUGGCUCCCUCAACAGACAGACUGGGAUAUUGGGGGCGACCAACCUCAACGCUGGAUUGGUGUGAGGAGAAUUAUGUCGUCUCUUUCUACAUCGCAGAAUUCUGGAACACUGUCAGUAACCUGAUUAUGAUCCUGCCUCCUAUCUACGGUGCCAUCCAGACGUAUAAAGACGGCCUAGAGUACCGCUACGUCUACUCCUUCCUUGGACUGGCAGCUGUUGGCAUUGGCUCCUGGUGCUUCCAUAUGACGCUGCAAUAUGAGAUGCAGUUGCUGGACGAGCUGCCAAUGAUCUACAGCACCUGUGUCUUUGUCUACUGUCUAUAUGAAUGCUUCAAGCAAAAAAACACUCUGGGUGUAUUCCCUAUCAUGUUGUUAUUCAUCUUCAGUGUCUCAGUCAGUGUGGUGUAUUUACAAUGGAAAGAGCCAGUCUUUCACCAGGUCAUGUAUGGUGCACUUGUAGCAUGCUUGGUGAUGCGCUCUAUCUUCAUAGUUACAUGGGUGUACCCCUGGCUCAAACCUCUGUGUUACAUCUCCCUGAGUGUCUUUCUGCUGGGGUUCAUGUUGUGGAACAUUGAUAAUCUGGCCUGUGACUCACUCAGAUCCACCAGACAGAAACUGCCCUCUGUUGUUGGGGCGGUGACACAGUUCCAUGCCUGGUGGCACAUCCUCACAGGCCUGGGCUCCUACCUACACAUACUCUUCAGCCUCCAGAUAAGGUCAACCUUUCUCAAACACAGACCAAAAGUAAAGUUCCUAUGUGGAGUGUGGCCAAUGUUGCACAUUGAGGCACAAAAGACUAGCUGAGUGACUGGGGACCAUGAAGGAUGGUGACUGCCAUUAAACAGGCAUCAGUACAGAGACCUGAUCUGCCAGUCUGCCAACCCCCCUCUGCUGUCUAUGGGACAUAUGCACCCCACUACCAGAGAGCAGCCAGGCUACACCCCAACCUACCACUCCGGGGACCCUUUGGUUCUGCACUGUGACGAUUUGCCAAGUACAGUAUAGCACUGAGAGUCUUUAUGGAAUUAUCCGAUUUUUCACUUUCAUCUAUCAACAUAUAGUAGAUUAUUAGAUUUUGGUGGUGAUGUUGUAGUGACAUUUUAAAUUUACUCUAACAUAUCUCCUGGAAUAUGGAUACCGCAAUUUUUAAAAAUAUAAAUCAUACUAGUGUAUCUAUUAGAGGUCGACCGAUUAUGAUUUUUCACCGCAGAUACCGAUUAUUGGAGGACCAAAAAAAGCCGAUACCGAUUAAUCGGCCGGCUAAUUUUUUAACAUUUGUAACAAUGACAGUUACAACAAUACUGAAUGAACACUUAUUUUAACUUAAUAUAAUACACCAAUAAAAUCAAUUUAGCCUCAAAUAAAAUGAAACAUGUUCAAUUUGGUUUAAAUAAUGCAAAAAAAAGUGUUGGA